CACUUCCCCUUUGCCGGCUCGCGGCCCGUCUCCGGAGCUGAUGCCGGAGGUAGCUGGGAAUCUUGGCUUUGCAUCCUUUCUCGCCAGAGAGGCAAGUGCCUUGGGCCGACCCCGGCCACUUCUGCAUUUGGAGUGCCUGCAUUGCACUCAGUUCCUAAGCUGGGAGAUCCCUGGGGACAGCAGAGAGGCACGGUGGCCUGACAGGGAAAUAUAGGGUUCCAUCUUAUCCUGGGGCGCUCCGUGGGUCCUGGGCUGUCCACCGCACCUCUGCGCCUCAGUGACAGGAGGAGCUGAGCGCCAGGCUUCUGAACGCUGCGAUGCACUUUAUUUCCAGGCCUCUCGUCUGAUGAAAAGAGAAAGGAAGAAUGGACUACAGUCACCAAACUUCCCUAGUCCCAUGUGGACAAGAUAAAUACAUUUCCAAGAACGAACUUCUCCUGCAUCUGAAGACCUACAACUUGUACUAUGAAGGCCAGAAUUUGCAGCUCCGACAUCGUGAGGAAGAAGAUGAGUUCAUCGUGGAGGGGCUGCUGAACAUCUCCUGGGGGCUGCGCCGGCCCAUUCGUCUACAAAUGCAGGAUGACAAUGAACGCAUUCGCCCUCCUCCAUCCUCUUCCUCUUGGCACUCCGGCUGUAACUUAGGAGCUCAGGGCACCAUCCUGAAGCCCCUCACCAUGCCCAACAUUCCAAUCUCAGAGGUGGAUGCCCUGCCUGAGAGUGAUCAAACAUCAAGUCCCACAGACUCCAGGGGCCUGAAGUCCCUGCAGGAAGACACCCCACAACUGAUGCGCACACGCAGUGAUGUUGGGGUACGUCGUCGUGGCAAUGUGAGGACACCCAGCGACCAGCGGCGAAUCAGACGCCACCGCUUCUCCAUCAACGGCCAUUUCUACAACCACAAGACGUCAGUGUUCACGCCGGCCUAUGGCUCCAUCACCAACGUCCGCAUCAACAGCACCAUGACCACUCCACAGGUCCUGAAGUUGCUGCUCAACAAAUUUAAGAUUGAGAACUCAGCAGAGGAGUUUGCUUUGUAUGUGGUCCAUACCAGUGGUGAGAAACAGAAGCUGAAGAACACUGAUUACCCCCUGAUUGCCCGGAUCCUCCAGGGCCCAUGUGAGCAGGUCUCCAAAGUGUUCCUUAUGGAGAAGGACCAGGUGGAGGAAGUCACCUAUGAUGUGGCUCAGUAUAUAAAGUUUGAGAUGCCUGUCCUUAAAAGCUUCAUUCAGAAGCUCCAAGAGGAAGAAGAUCGGGAAGUAAAGAAGCUGAUGCGCAAGUACACCGUGCUCCGGCUAAUGAUUCGGCAGAGGCUGGAGGAGAUAGCCGAGACCCCAGCAACAAUCUGAGUCACAAGGAGGGGAUCCAGACGCCGUGGAGGGCACUGUUGACCUAAGAAGACUCACAGGAAGCUGGGCGCCUUCCAUGGAAACGUUUAAAUGCAAACCUUUCCAGCUCCCAAACCACCAUGGAGAAGCCAGCAGACAACUCCCUGACCUUUCUUUCCCUGCUCCUUUCCUUCACUCACGAGGACUUUCAAUUUUUAUUAUAAGAAGAACCCAGAAUGUGUGGGUGCACGUGUGUGUGCACAUGGUACACAUCCGUAUGCCUACAUGAUAUAUUCACAUGCAAUUCAAUUCCAAGCAGCCAGCACAGGUGCUAUGAGGCUGGCAGAUGUUCUGCUUGUGGGCAGGAAAAUCAGAGGAGUCACCGAUCUGAGGGGUUUUAGAUAGAAGAAAAGAUUUCUCCCCUCAAGUGCCAGGGAGCAGCCAUACAUGUCUGCUUGUGUUUAGAAGGGGAAGGGGGCCCAGCAAACUCACCAUUUGGGGUAUUUUUAUGUUAAUAGAUACUCUCCCUGUAUCCCUAGGAAGGAUCUGCAAGUGUGAGAUCCUUGGCAGUUGACAAAUUAAUUAACAAACCAUGCCCUUGGGGCAGUUCUGAUGGAAAGAAAAAGAUAAACCAUCAGUGGGGUAGAUGCAAUAAACCCACAGGUUUUUACACUGGAAACUUCAGUUGUUUUAAAUAACAAGGACAUAUGUGAUGAUCUGUGUGGAUGCCAGUAAAGAAUGAAUUCUGCCUCCACCCCCACCUCCCUGGCUACCUCUAGGAGAUAGGGGAGCCUGAUGUUUGUCUCAGCAUGCCAAGCUGAUGACCCCAACUCUUUGGGGCCUCCCUGAGUUGAAAGAAGUAUCUUAUGAAACAGGCCUCACUGGUUUGUACAUGGCACCUGGUCUUGUAUGGCUGGGAAGUUUCCUUCCAUAGAGAAAUGUGGAGGCACCUUGCAGAAUGACAGGUGCCUGUAAGCCCAGCCCAUUUUCAUAUCCAGUGGUCUUGCACUUGGAGCUGAGGCCCUGCGUUUGCAAAGUCAAGGCUUAAUACUUUCCAACCACUGGAUUUUUGCAAGUUGCCCCCGCGUCGAGUGUGGAGAUGGACUCUAAGAAUGAAGACUUGUCCUGCUACUGACCAAGUGUGGGGUUAAGGGAUACCUUUUGGGCUGCCCCAUGUAAGUGUGUAGAUAGGAUGGAGCUUCUCUCUCAGCUUCUCUGAGCAGCCACCUGGGUGAUUUUUAGAGAGACUCCAAUGGAGGGGGAAGGGCAAGAAGAGUCUCUUCUUCUGGGCCCCCAUUGGUAAGAUCGCCAGGUAGCUCAGCGCCAGUACAACUGAUACUGUUUUAAGAGUGACAGAUAGAUGCUUGGAGCAGGUGCCUGGCUGUGGAGAUCAACCAAGCAAGGCCAGAACCUCCUAACACUGAGCCUUGUUGGGGUAGGGAAGCUCCCCAUCUGUUCCCCACCUCCUCUCCAAAGAAGGUUUGGAGAGCUGGGCAGUUGAGGAAAGAAGAGCCACUGAUCUGUGCCUGCAAGGACAGUGGACCUUUGCAGCAGAGCUGUUCCUGCCCAGGCACCCUUGCUCCCUGCCUGCCCCUGUGGUUUCCAUGGCCUCUUUAGAUGUCUCACAGAUGUAGUCUCACUGUUGACUUUCAAAAUGAUGGCAUGCUGCUACCUGGCAUUUUGCUGAGGGUCUCUUAGCAAGCUUACCUCCUCUGUGGGGAGCGCCACCAGCCCUGUGGCGGAUGGACUGGAAAUCUGGAGGGCCUUAGCCUCAAUCAUACACCUCUGUGGGCUUCUGCAAAAUGCACAGAAAAAAAUGGGGGCCCGGGGAGAGGCUUCCUUUGUUACAGAUGGGAAAGAGCAGUUUUGUGGAUGCAAACAUACUUCCUGAGUUUUGCAUUUGAGAAAUGCCUUGGAAAACUUUUCUUCCGGUUAUUUUUAUUUUGAAUGUUCAAAGCCUUUGUUGGCCCCAGUAAUCCUCCUUGAGUGGCUAGGGAAAAAAUUUUCCACAAAGCAAAUUACUAAUGGCUAACUUUUAUUGGACAGCCAUUUUUGGUUUAUCAAAGUUCUCUUUCAUUUGCACUAGCAAUAAGAUAGUGGUAAAUAUGGGAAUGUUGCAAAAUGUCAGAUUUGCCAGAUCACUUUCUCAGAAAGUGAUACUGAGGUAGACUUGGCUUUUUAAAGAUGGGGGGUUGGGGUGGAAUUGAGGGGAAAUCGCAUCUUACAUGAUACAUUCCACUUAAUGCAGGCCGCACUUUUCCAUUUUGGCUCACCCUGUUUAGAAAUCAUUUCUCACGUACUAAUGACCCAGUCAGGAAUUUCGGAAAGGUUCUUUGAAAUAGCAGCAACUGAAAUAGAGACCCUCUGCUGUGAUGUGGAGCUGGAUUUUCUCACUGGUAUCACAUGGCCUUGCAGCUUUGAACUCCUGGACUGAUUUGCGUGGGUUUAUGUAAUUGUGUGCAAUGAACCUGAAAUCGUGUGAAGAACAAAAAGGCCAAUUUACAGGUUUUCUCCUCACUUGUGAAAAGCGGCAUAGCCACAUCUGAGUCUUUUUCCAGGGGCUUAUGUUACAAGGUGAUCAAAUGAAGGAAAAACCUGAGUUUAUGGUUGGGAAGGGGAUCCGGUCCCCCUGGUGAAGAUGGAAUUAAGCACAAGGUCACAUUCUUAGUCAUCACAUUAGUGGGAAGAUGAGGAGUUAAAUUGUGGGGGGAGGGGGAGUGGUUACCUUGGGGAGGGAUUGAAAAGCACAAACAAUAGGUUUGCCUGUGCAAACUGGUGAGGAAUGUGUACACUGGUCUCCAGACCUGUGGACUUUGUGAGUUGAGGUUGAGGUGGAAGGAUCUCAGAUUAGCCACCUACCCCUGUGACAAAUGCUGAGCCCUGAGGUUGAGGUUUUGGUCUGAGACUUCAGGGAGAAAUAUUUUCACCCUUCCCUCCUCUCUACCAGAAAGAAAACAAUACUCUCUCCUAGGAACCUCCAGAUAAAGACAUUUUAUCAUCUCUGUAGAUAAGACUUUAGGAUAUAAAGACCAAAACAAACAAAAACACUCAAGAAACAAACUCUGUUCUCUGAUGCAAACAUGUCUUGGCAAGAAUUCUUUUCUUUGGAGUUGGGCUGUUAUCUCAGUGUUAGGAGGCUGGAAGGAGAAAUGGACCAGGGAAAGGCAGGAAGCUCUCUUAAGAAAAGAGACACUCUCUAAAAAACAAAACUAUUUCAAAGCUCUGUAGCACAGAGAACAUGGUGCCAUAGAUACAUCUCCGAGAGAAAUUCCUAUAUGAACAAAGGAAUUCAUAGCGACAAAACCAUGAUGUGAGGGCCAAGGUAGGAGGCAGAGAUCUCCUUGAACACCUGUUGCAGCAGUACAAAUUCUCGAGUCAAGCCUCUAUGAAAAUUGUUUUACACAAAGUCUUGUUGGAGGCAGAUGAGAUGAAGAAUGAUCUCCUAGAGAGGUAAAAAUAAAGACAAAUGUGGCACCCCUUCUUUCAGAGGGAUUGACAGUGUUUACCCUGUCAUGGGAGGUCCCAGCGACCCCUGUGUUAUAGCCAGGCACCAGACAUGAAAAAGCUGUGAAAGGAGAGCCUCAGUUUUCCUGUGGAGUCUCCCUGGUGAUCGCAGACCUGUUUCCCAGGCUGAUGGUUCCUGGUGUGUUACUGCUAGUGUUUCUUAAGGGUUUCCUCACUUGAUUUAGCUUUGUGAAGUAUCUUUUUUCUUAAUCAUAACUUGCUUUUCGAGCAAUGGUACAUGACCUCGUUCUGAAGUUUUGGUUCUGAAGUUAUAAACUGAUGUGUUUAGGUAUCUUAAUGUAACUUGUUAAGUCCUCAGCAGGGAGCUGUGAAUUUCUGUAACAUUUUGAUAUGUUUUAAAGCACCUGACUUAGAUCUUGUUGAAUAAAGCACUUU